GGUCGCUCCUUUCUCACGCCAGACUUGCUUGCUGGUAAUAUUUGAGUUCCUUGGCAAGUAGCCUACCACAAUCCCUGUGACCUUUACACAAUCUGCAGAAAGGACAAUGUCCAAAACAAUACUCGGAAAAGAUACCAAUUUCUCUCUAAACUUGGUGAGGUUCCUCCAUUAACGCGACAUUUCGUAUGAUUAUUUCAAAAUGGGAAUUGAAACCUGUCCCUGUCAUGUCGUAGCAUUUUGUUAACCAAAAGAUUUCUGGCCCAUCUUUUUCUAUAUAACUUCAACACCUUUUUCAGGAGAAUAUAGAAACGCGAUUUCAUUGCCGCCCAAUUGCGUCCAAUUUAUUACUCUUCUGUAGAAGGCUUUAAGGAGUCUCAUCAAUGGCAGAUGGUAGCGAUAAUACCUUUCAACUUAAUGUCAAGCAGAAUGAACCAACUCUGGUUCCUCCUGCGGAGAAGACAGAGAAGGGUCUUUACUUCCUUUCUAACCUUGACCAGAACAUUGCAGUGAUAGUUCGUACUAUUUACUGCUUUAAGUCUGAUGUGAAAGGGAAUGAAGAUGCAGUGGAAGUUAUUAAGGAUGCUUUAUCAAAAGUUCUUGUUCACUACUAUCCUCUUGCUGGGCGGUUAACGAUUAGCUCAGAAGGGAAGCUGAUAGUGGAUUGCACUGGAGAGGGUGCUGUUUUUGUUGAAGCUGAAGCCAACUGUGCCAUAAGUGAGAUAGGAGAGACCACAAAGCCCGACCCUGUCACGCUUGGGAAGUUGGUUUAUGAUAUUCCGGGUGCACAGAACAUACUUCAGAUACCUCCUGUGGUGGCUCAGGUGACUAGAUUCAAAUGUGGAGGAUUUGUUCUUGGACUAUGCGUGAACCACUGUAUGCUCGAUGGAAUCAUUGCAAUGGAAUUUGUGAACUCAUGGGGUGAGACUGCAAGGGGCUUGCCUCUGAAGGUCCCUCCAUUUCUAGAUAGAAGCAUGCUAAAAGCUCGAAACCCACCUAAGAUAGAGUUUCCCCACCAUGAAUUUGCUGAGAUUGAAGAUGUAUCAAAUAGCAGCAAGCUUUAUGAAGAAGAAAUGCAUUUUAGGUCAUUCUGUUUUGAUCCUGAGAAGCUUGAACAACUCAAGGAAAAGGCCAUGGAAGAUGAAGUUGUAGCCAAGUGCACAAAAUUUGAAGCUCUUUCGGCCUUUGUGUGGAAAGCUCGAUGUCAGGCAUUAAGGAUGCUUCCAGAUCAACAAACAAAAUUACUGUUUGCUGUAGAUGGACGAUCUAGAUUUGUUCCACCAAUACCUGAAGGGUACUUCGGCAAUGGAAUUGUGUUAACAAAUUCCUUGUGUAAAGCAGGGGAGUUGCUGGAUAUUCAUCUAUCUUUUGCAAUGGAGCUUGUUCAGGAAGCAGUUAAAUUGGUUAGGGACAGUUACAUGAGAUCGGCCAUAGACUACUUUGAAGUUACAAGAGCUAGACCUUCUCUGGCUGCAACUCUUUUAAUCACUACUUGGUCUAGGUUAUCUUUCCACACAACAGACUUCGGCUGGGGAGAGCCUAUUUUAUCAGGGCCUGUUGCUUUGCCUGAGAAGGAAGUAAUUCUUUUCCUUUCUCACGGGGAAGAUAGGAAAAGCAUAAAUGUGCUUUUGGGUUUGCCAGCUUCUGCCAUGAAAAUCUUUGAAGAAUUAAUGCAGAUCUGAACAAUCAUAUAUAAGAAAUCAUUUGAUGCUUUUACUGGUGGAGAAGUCUUCCUGAAUUUAUUUAUGUACUCAAGUAUAUUAUUAUGUGUUUUCUGUUGCCAAAAGGUGCACUUCGUCAUAAUAAUGACAUCAAAUGGAGGAACAAAUUCAUAAUGAAAAUAUUGUACUCUAAACAAAAAUAACAGAUGAAGUGAAAAUUCAAGUCUCCUGCUUCUUCUCUAUCAUUUCUUACCUGAACAUGUACCUGAGACUCUAUGUCAAGUGCAAUACUUAGAUGAGAAAGCAAAGGCGUAGUUUCUUGAUC